UCCAAUAUGGCAGCCAUGCUGUUACGCUGUCCAGCGCCCAACGAGGCGUCUACUUAUCCAUGUCUAUGGUUGUAGUGAACUUCCUUUUCCGGUCUGCGGGUAAACGUUCGUUGGUGCAGCACUAGCUAACCCUCUGACCAUGAAUACGGUUUUAUCGAGAGCCAACUCGUUGUUCGCCUUCUCGCUGAGCGUCAUGGCUGCCCUGACGUUCGGCUGUUUCAUCACCACCGCCUUUAAGGACAGAAGAGUUCCUGUGGACAUCCACGUCUCCAAGGUUAUGCUGAAGAAUGUUGAUGACUUCACAGGACCCAGAGAACGAAGUGACCUUGGUUUCAUUACCUUUGACAUCUCUGCUGAUCUGCAGCCGAUUUUCGAUUGGAACGUGAAACAGCUGUUCCUCUACCUGUCUGCUGAAUAUGCCACAAAGAGCAAUUCUCUGAACCAGGUGGUGCUGUGGGAUAAGAUCGUUCUUCGAGGGGAAAGCACCAAACUGAACCUCAGAAACAUGAAGUCCAAAUACUUCUUCUUUGAUGAUGGGAACGGACUCAGAGCCAAUAAGAACAUCACUCUGAUGCUGUCCUGGAAUGUGGUCCCAAAUGCUGGAAUCCUUCCCCUCGUUGCUGGAAGUGGACACAUUAGUUUACCUUUCCCUGAAACAUAUGAAACCACCAAGAGCUACUAGACCAAAUGUGCAGCCUGCGACAAGACUCACCCGCACACGGAUGGCUUGGUCACGGCCCAUUCCAGUUACUUUCCUGAAAUGUUUGUAAUAAAGAACACAUCGGAACGUA